AUGGGCCGCGGUGGGAAGGUCCGGGAGCUGUUCCACCAGGCCGUCCGACAGGCCGGAGCGGGUCCGGGCCCGCCGCGGCUGACCCCGUCCGGCCAGUCCGGCUCCUUCGGGACCUGGGACGGCGUCUUCACCUCCUGCCUCAUCAACAUCUUCGGCGUCGUCCUCUUCCUGCGGACGGGCUGGCUGGUGGGGAACGCCGGGGUGCUGGUGGGGGCGGCGCUGGUGUCGUCGGUGGUCCUGGCGGCGCUGGUCACCGUCCUGUCCGGCAUCGGCCUGGCGGAGCGCUGCGGCGUCGGCCGCGGGGGCGUCUACUCCAUGCUGGCCGCCGCGCUCGGGGGGCCGCUCGGGGCCGCCGUCGGCCUCCUCUACGUCUUCGGACAGUGCGUUGCAGGGGCCAUGUACGUGUCCGGCUUCGCGGAGUCCGUCUCGGCCGUGCUGGGGCUGGGCAGCCCGUGGGCCGUGCGGGCCGUGGCUCUGGCCGCCCUCCUGGGCCUGCUCGGGGUCAGCCUGGCCGGGGUCAAGUGGGUGGUCCGCCUCCAGCUGCUGCUCCUGCUGCUGCUCACCACGUCCACCCUCGACUUCGUGCUCGGAUCCUUCUCCCACCUGGACGCCGAGCAUGGAUUUGUCGGCUACAGUCCAGAACUACUAUCUAACAACAGCCUGCCCGACUACAGCCCUGGAGAAUCCUUCUUCACCGUAUUUGCCGUCUUCUUCCCAGCAGCCACAGGCGUGUUGGCUGGUUUCAAUAUGAGUGGAGACCUGGACCGGCCACUAACCAGCAUUCCCCUGGGCUCCCUGGCCGCCAUCGGUGUCUCGUGGUUCCUCUAUGUGGUUUUCGUCUUCCUGCUGGGAGCCGUCUGCAGCCGGGAGGCCCUGCGCCAGGACUUCAUGAUAGCCCAGAAGGUGUCUUUGGUGGGCUUCCUGUUCCUGCUGGGGCUGUACAUUUCCUCGCUGGCCUCUUGCAUGGGGGGCCUGUACGGGGCCCCCCGCAUCCUGCACUGCCUGGCCCAGGAGAAGGUGGUCCCAGCCCUGGCGUUCCUGGCUCAGGAGGUGAGUCCACUGGGCGGCGGCCCCCGGGACCCUCCGGUGACGGCCAUCGGGGUGACGGGCCUGGUGACCGUGGCCUUCGUGUGCCUGGGCCAGGUCAACGUCCUGGCUCCCAUCGUCACUGUCACCUUCAUGCUGACCUACGCGGCCGUCAACCUCUCCUUCUUCUCCACCGGCCUGGCCCGGCCACGCGGCCCCCCGCCUCGGUCCGGCCCCAAGGCCCCGCCGGACCCCCGGGCCUCGAUGCCCCUCUUGCCGCCACCCAAGCCAGACGGGACGUCCGGUUACGGGACUGCCGGCCCCCCGCCCACGGCCUUUGCCCACGGCCUGGACCAGUUGGUGGGGGUGGGCCGGGGACGGCAGGGGGCCAGACGGACCCUGUGGGAUAGCUUCCGGCUGGACCCCGGCCCUCCCGGCCCCAGGGGCCGGUGGGCCCUCAGCGGGGGAGGGGGCCGGGGGUCGCCCCCACAGGAGGGGACCGAGGGACCGUGGGACCCAGCGCCGCAGAGAACAGAUUCGUCCCCCGCGCCCGGCGCCCAAGACCCCCGGACUCUGCCACCUUCGCCCUUCUCGCACCUGUGCAACCCCUGGGUGUCCCUGAUUGGUGCCUUCGGCUUCCUGGUGGUGGUGUUCCUGAUCCAGUGGGUCUACACCUUGGUGAAUCUGGCCAUCGCGGGCUCGCUGUACCUCUACAUCUGUCGGGUCAACCCGGGAAGACACCCUGGAUCGACGGGAAACUGCCACUUCUUCCGAAGGGUUAAAUCAGUGUGUGUGCCGGCCUUCAGCGGUGCCCAGGGACCCGAGGAGGAGAUGGUCUUGACCCCAGCCCUGCCCAGUGUCGAUGUGGAAACUGCCCAACUCACACAGGACAACACGGACUUCGCCGCCCGAGACCGCUACCAUGCCUCCUCGCUGGUCAGCGGUGGGGAGCUGGGGACCCCUCUCCCCACCACUGCCCGCCUCACGGCCCCCUUGCCCACUCCUUGCCCACCGGCUGGCCGGAGGGAGACGGGGGACCAGAUCCCGGAGAAGGGGCUGUGCCCUUAGAACCCCGGGGGCACAAGCUGGCACUGGGCCGGUGAAAAAGGCCCAGGGGGUCUGGAACCCGGACUUGGGUAUGGGGUCAUAUGUUCCCCGGGGCGGCGUGUGGUGGGAUGUGACAAUCCUUCCAUUAAAGCCACAAGA